GGGCUCGGUUUAAGUUUGGCCUUUGGGGAUGGGAACAGUGUGGUUGUAACUUAGGGUGGGACUGUGAUGGGAUUGUGACGGUUGUGAUGGUUUUUCUUUGGUUUUUCCUGCUUGUUCUUGUGACGGAUUAUGGCACUGGAUGGGGCUCUGUGUAUGGACGGUGGAUGGAUACUGGAUGUAUGGAUGGAAUGGUCAAUGAUGGAAUGUACUCUACAGGUCUCGUAAUACCUCAAUUUUUUAUCACUCACUCGCGCACGGGACGUCGUUUCGCCAUGCUAUGCCAUGCCAUGCUCUGGAGUCUGUCGCGACUCUCCUGACGUCGAACGUCGAAUACUGGGCUAUGCUUGGGUACUUGGGUACAUACCCACUUUCUUUCUUUUCUUCUUGCUUUCUUCUUGCUUUCUUCUUCGUUCCU